AUGCAACGCGCAUUGACAAGCCGCGCGAGGGCUUCGCUCUCAUCCGCUGCUGCCAACAAGUUCCGUCCCGGCGCCGGUCUCUCCCAGCAGCUUCGCUUCGCUCACAAGGAGCUGAAGUUCGGUGUUGAGGGCCGCGCCGCCCUCCUGGCCGGUGUCGAAACCCUGGCCAAGGCCGUCGCAACGACUCUGGGUCCCAAGGGCCGCAACGUUCUGAUUGAGUCCAGCUAUGGCUCUCCCAAGAUCACCAAGGAUGGUGUCACCGUCGCAAGGGCCAUCACCCUGAAGGACAAGUUCGAGAACCUCGGUGCCAAGCUCCUCCAGGACGUCGCCUCCAAGACCAACGAGACUGCUGGUGAUGGAACCACCACCGCCACCGUGCUGGCCCGUGCCAUCUUCUCCGAGACCGUCAAGAACGUUGCUGCUGGCUGCAACCCCAUGGACCUCCGCCGCGGUAUCCAGGCUGCCGUCGAUGCCGUCGUCGAGUUCCUCCAGACGCACAAGCGUGACAUUACUACCAGCGAGGAGAUUGCCCAGGUCGCCACCAUCAGCGCCAACAGCGAUACCCACGUCGGCAAGCUCAUUGCCAACGCCAUGGAGAAGGUCGGCAAGGAGGGUGUCAUUACUGUCAAGGAGGGCAAGACUCUGAGCGACGAGCUCGAGGUGACCGAGGGUAUGCGCUUCGACCGCGGCUUCGUCUCGCCUUACUUCAUCACCGACACCAAGUCCCAGAAGGUUGAGUUUGAGAAGCCCCUUCUCCUGCUGUCCGAGAAGAAGAUCUCUGCCGUCCAGGACAUUAUUCCCGCGCUCGAGAUGUCGACCCAGCUCCGCCGACCCCUUGUCAUCAUUGCCGAGGACAUCGAGGGCGAGGCUCUCGCGGUCUGCAUUCUCAACAAGCUCCGUGGUCAGCUCCAGGUCGCGGCCGUCAAGGCUCCCGGCUUCGGUGACAACCGCAAGUCCAUCCUCGGCGAUCUUGCUGUUCUCAGCAACGGUACCGUCUUCACCGACGAGCUCGACGUCAAGCUGGAGAAGGCCACCGUCGACAUGCUCGGCUCUACCGGCUCCAUCACCAUCACCAAGGAGGACACCAUCAUCCUGAACGGCGAGGGCUCCAAGGACGCCAUUGCCCAGCGCUGCGAGCAGAUCCGUGGCGUCAUGAACGACCCUACGACCUCCGAGUACGAGAAGGAGAAGCUCCAGGAGCGUCUCGCCAAGCUUUCCGGCGGUGUUGCCGUCAUCAAGGUCGGCGGCUCUUCCGAGGUCGAGGUCGGUGAGAAGAAGGACCGCUUCGUGGAUGCGCUCAACGCCACCCGCGCCGCCGUUGAGGAGGGUAUCCUGCCCGGUGGCGGUACUGCCCUGCUCAAGGCCUCUGCUCAGGCUCUCAACAACGUCAAGCCUGCCAACUUUGACCAGCAGCUCGGCGUCAGCAUCGUCAAGAACGCCAUCACGCGCCCCGCUCGCACCAUUGUCGAGAACGCCGGCCUGGAGGGCUCUGUCAUUGUCGGCAAGCUGACCGACGAGUACGCCAGCGACUUCAACAAGGGCUUUGAUAGCUCCAAGGGCGAGUACGUCGACAUGAUUGCUGCCGGUAUCCUCGACCCUCUCAAGGUUGUCCGCACCGGUCUGAUUGAUGCCAGCGGUGUCGCCUCUCUGCUCGGCACCACCGAGGUCGCCAUCGUCGAGGCCCCUGAGGAGAAGGGCCCUGGCGGCAUGCCUGGUGGCAUGGGCGGCAUGGGUGGUAUGGGCGGCAUGGGCGGCAUGAUGUAA